AGUACGGGAAGGACUCACGUUAGUACAGCUAUCUGACAGACGACGCUGAAUCACAUUUUCUUACUCUGGGUAAAAAAAUAAUGUUAUGUUAAUAAUACAGUGAUCCAGAUCCAUUAUUGAUUAUUGAGAUAAACACUGGCUGGAUGAAUCCAGCUACUGUAGUCCUGCAGACAUUGUCCGACGGAGCAAAGCCCACAACGGGACAUUAGGAUAUUGCCCUAUGUCAUAGGAUGACUGAAGCCCUCGUGAAAGACUGUAAGCACACACAGAUCUAACCUAAAUGUCAAGCCUGUGUAGAGGAAUUAAAGCAGCUCAAGGACAUGUUUGAGAAUUUCAGAGAGAGACUGCAAACGGUGCAGCAGGACUUCACAUCAGGAAUCAAGACCCUAAGUGACAAAUCCAAGGAGGGGAAAGUAAAGAAAAAACAAAGAAGAGAUGAGCACCUCCCUGAAUAUUCUGCUGGAGUCGAGUUACUCAGUCGAUAUGAAGACACUUGGGUCUCCCUUCAUAAACGGGGUAAAGAGUGUGCUAAGGCUGGGGAAAUGGUGGACGGAGAGGUGGUGAUGCUGUGUGCACACUGGGAGAAGAGACGAGGAGCAGUGCUGGAGCUGCAGGAACAACUGCAGCAGAUCCCUGCUUUCCUCUCGGACUUGGAGACUAUCACCUCACGUAUCGCUCACAUGGAGGCUGAUUUUGAAGAGAUGGAGAGUCGUCUGGUAUAUCUCGAGGAUUUGUGUGCUCAGUGUGAUCAUCAGCGCUACAAGCACUUUCAGGUCCUGCAGCUGGAAAACUACAAGAAGAAGAAAAGGAAAGAACUUGAGUCUUUCAAAGCGGAGCUCGAUACAGAACAUGCCCAGAAAGUCCUGGAGAUGGAGCAUGCGCAGCAGGUCAAGCUAAAGGAGCGACAGAAGUACUUUGAAGAGGCAUUUCAGCAAGACAUGGAGCAGUACCUCUCCACAGGAUACCUCCAGAUCACGGAUAGGAGAGAUCCAAUAGGCAGUAUGUCCUCAAUGGAGGUGAAUGUUGAUCUGUUGGAACAAAUGGAUCUCACAGAUGUGUCCGACCAUGAGGCUCUCGAUGUCUUCCUCAGCUCCGUAGGUGAAGAGAGCAGCGCUCUCUCUCCUGACACAGAAGGCCCAGCUCUGGAACCUGGCUCAUCCCCAUCAGACAUCAGCCUGAAGGUGCCCUCACACACAGAGCUGCGGCAGACCGUGUCCUCCAUCUCUUCCUCCUGCACCGACACCAUCAGCGGCCUGACCGAGGGUCCGGAUGAAGAGGAUGGCAGCGAGGAAAGCUGCAGCGGAGACUCCCCACUGGUCCAGUCGGAUGAAGAGGAGGUACAUGCUGACACAGCCCUCAUGGCCCUCCCAGAAACAGAGCCGCUCAAAAGCUCAGACGACAGCGACACACAGGCCGCCUAGUGGCCAUGCUGAAAAACGCACUCGCUCAAGUUGGUUUCUGGACAUGAAAACCUGUUUUACAUCAGUGCCCAGACAGAAGGAGUGCUGAUGUCCAGCCAGAUGUUUCUUCAUGGCUUAAUGCGACACUUUGAGAUGAAGGUUUUGGAGCCUUGUUGAACACUGUUUUUGCUCAGCCUUGAGAGCAGCUCUUUUCAGACUGUUAGCACUGUGAUUUUUGCUUCAUUCUUUCCCAAUACAAAUAAAUCAACACAAUGUAUGAGACAAUUCUUCGUAUUACCUGCUGCAUCAGAAUUAUAUAGAAAUUAAUAAACAUUUUACAGUGUUCCUGCUAAUAUCACUGAUGUAUGUUGCAUGAAUUUGUAAUGCAGAGCUCAUUUUUGAGCCGAUUGAAAGACUCUUAAAUAAAAUAUACCUUGAAAUAA